ACGUAAGGUCCAGCCUCGCCGAGAGAGCGCAACAAACAUGGCGACAGAGCGGAGCGGACAGGGGUGUCUUCUAACUUUCAUCGUGUUCCUCUGGAGCUCUGUCGGCGGGCGAACGGAGACGUCGAGCCCCGGCUCCAGCGGUCAGAUCCUGGGCAUGCGGCUGGAGAGGAGCGACAAAGCGAGCAGCCCGACGGACGACGGGCUCAUCCAGGUAACGGAAAAGAGCAACGUCCUGCUCAGGUUUUACGGGGUGCACCUGAGCCCGGACGCAGCAUCCCACAUCAGGUUCGCGGAGGACGUGGGUACCGAGCACAGCGACGCGUUAAACAGGACUUGCGAGGACUUCACCAAAGACCUGAGCGUCAGCACCUACAUGAACGUGAGCAACAGAGGGACGUCGGGUCUGGUGAGCGUGUAUGUGAAGCCACUGCGUAAGAGCGAACGAGAAAAGACCUACAGCCUGUGUGUCAGGCAGGGCUUGGGAGACAAGUGGGUGCAGCUGGGGGAAAAUGACGGGAAGCUGGUGGUCGUAGAGGAGAAAGAAUCGCUUCUGCCGCUCUGGCUCCAGAUCAUCCUGGUCUCGGGCUUGCUGGUGCUGUCUGGCAUGUUCAGCGGACUCAACCUGGGGCUCAUGGCGUUGGAUCCCAUGGAGCUUCGCAUCGUGCAGAGCUGCGGAACUAAUAAGGAAAAGAAGUACGCUCGCAAAAUCGAACCCAUUCGGAGCAAGGGCAACUAUCUGCUUUGCUCUUUAUUGUUGGGUAACGUGCUGGUCAACACCACUUUGACCAUCCUGCUAGAUGAUUUGAUCGGCUCGGGGUUGGGAGCCGUGGUGGCAUCUACUGUCGGCAUUGUCAUAUUUGGUGAAAUCGUGCCACAAGCUCUCUGCUCGCGCCACGGUUUGGCCGUGGGCGCCAACACUAUCGUGCUGACCAAAUUUUUCAUGCUCCUGACCUUCCCCUUGUCGUUCCCCGUCAGUAAGCUUUUGGACUACAUUCUCGGGCAGGAAAUCGGCACCGUCUACAACCGCGAGAAGUUGGUGGAGAUGCUGAAGGUCACCGAGCCCUACAACGAUCUGGUGAAGGAAGAGCUGAACAUCAUACAGGGCGCCCUGGAACUCCGAACCAAGACGGUCGAGGAUGUGAUGACGCCGCUGAGCAACUGCUUCAUGAUUCACACCGACGCCGUGCUGGACUUCAACACCAUGUCUGAGAUCAUGGAAAGCGGCUACACGCGGAUACCCGUGUACGACACCGAGCGCUCCAACAUCGUGGACAUCCUUUACGUCAAAGACCUGGCCUUCGUCGACCCCGACGACUGCACCACGCUUAAAACGGUCACCAAGUUCUACAACCACCCGGUGCAUUUCGUCUUCCACGACACUAAGCUGGAUGCCAUGCUGGAGGAGUUUAAGAAAGGUAAAUCCCACCUGGCCAUCGUUCAGAAGGUGAAUAAUGAGGGCGAAGGAGAUCCGUUCUACGAGGUUCUGGGUCUGGUCACGCUGGAGGACGUCAUCGAGGAGAUCAUCAAAUCGGAGAUCCUGGACGAGUCUGAUCUCUACACUGACAACCGUAACAGAAAGAAAGUGGAUCCCAACAAGAACAAGAGGGACUUUUCUGCUUUCAAACACGAGAGGGAAUCGAAAGUCAAGAUAUCUCCGCAACUAAUGCUGGCAGCGCAUCGUUUCCUCGCUACUGAGGUGAGCCUUUUCAGCCCGCUCCAGAUUUCAGACAAGGUCUUGCUGCGAAUCCUCAAGCACCCGGAUGUCAUUCAAGAGAUCAAGUUCAACGAGAACGACAAGCGCUCGCAACAGCACUAUUUAUAUCAGCGCGGAAAACCUGUCGACUUCUUCGUCCUCAUCCUUCAGGGUCGGGUGGAAGUUGAGGCCGGAAAUGAGAAUAUGAAGUUUGAGACGGGUCCUUUCUCUUAUUAUGGAGUCAUGGCGCUGACCACACCAUGCCUGGCUGUCACCCCCCCUCUCUCUCCUUCUGUGGUGUCGCCUCGUCCGCGCCGCCUUUCGCUUAAGAGGUUUUCUCUGUUCUCGCGUUUCCCAGAGUUUCGCUCGCCGUCUCACGUGAGUGGGCUGAACCGCUCUGCGUCUCUGAGCUGCACAGAGAGAGUGGACUCGGUGUCCAUCAGCGGCAGCAACAGUCAGCUCAAUAACAGCCCCGCGGCGCAGUACGUCCCUGAUUUUAAUGUGCGGGCCCUCACUGACCUGCAGUAUGUGAAGGUCACUCGUUCGCAGUAUCAAAACGGCCUCCUGGCGUCCAAGCUGGACAGCACGCCCCAGUCCCCGGAGAGCAGCCACAUCCGCCUGGACCCCGGCCCUCUCCCGCCCCUGACCCCUCCCAUGUCCACCAUCGCGAACCACACCACAGCGCUGCCGGUGCCCAGAGAGAACGGGCCGGACGAGACCACCUCGCUGCUCAACGACAAGAACAGCCUGUCCAAGCGCCGGCCGAGCCACAUCCACCCUCAGAACCAGUCCCACCUGAACGCCAACGCCAACUCCAACUCCAGCCCCAACCCUCAGGCGCAUCGCACGCACACCUUCUCGCACGCGCACACCGAGAGCACCAUUUGACCCCACCGUCCUGGGGCUCCGAGGGCUCCAGAGCUGAGAGCAAGCACAAAAACACUGAGCGACGCGGCCCACUUUCCCUCUCUCCGUUCGAGAGGACACGUGUUGAUGACAUGUGAUCUCACUGUGAUUCUAGGGGCUGCGGGUUCGGCCCGAUACGUGGAGGUGUGUAGUCGCGCAGACUGUUGUACGUCUGCUAUUGCAUGCUAAUCUUGUAGACACUCUCUCAAAGCUUCUGGCAUACAGGCGUGUUCGGUAUGCCGCGGAUAAGGCAUUAUAAAACAUUUCAUCGGUAUCUAACUAUAUGCACUUUUUAAAAUAUCUCUGACCCAGCGGCAAACAUCUGUGCGCUGCUUUUCUGAGAUUUUGAGCAUAAGAGCACUUUGAGUCUCAUAAGCUAUUGUUGGACUGAACUAUCGUUUUAGCAAAGAAAGAGCCCUCCGUUUCUGUUUAGUCUGGUUUUGGUUUGGCUGUGCGGUUUUGAUCGAGCGUCAAGCCGAGGAGGUUUGGUAAGCGCGCCGGCUACGUGAUGUAGCUGCAUGUGACGCAAUCGUAGCUCUGCGUGACAAACGUGGAGGGAAACUCUGUAAAUAUAGUUUGGAGACGUGAAAUUUGCUGACGCGGAUAGGGUUUGGAGAAACCCGUGUGGACGGUUAGUGCUCAAAUCUGAGACAUUUGUAGCAAAAAAAAAAAACAUUUGAGCAUUGAUCACUGCAAAUCCAAAUCUGUGAUAUAUACGAUUGAAAAUAUUCUAUGAUAAUUUAUUUAUAUAUUAAUAUAUUUAUUUUUUGUCAAAAGUAGUAUGUAUGUAUAUUUGAUUAAUAUUUUGUAUUUUCUUUUUGGCACAAUUAUAAUUCAUCCCCAUGGAUGAAUCUCUCAGAAAUAUUAGGUAACUAAAUAUUAUUUAAUUUAAUAAAAUAAAGGCUGUUUUUGCCAUUAAGAUUUUCUGCAUCGUAUUACGCGUUAUUUUUAUCAAGCACAUUUUCUUCACAAAUUCCCGUUUAUAAUUCUCAUUAUUCUUAAUUUGUUUUACUGUAUUACAAUUUAAAAUAAACAAAUCCAUACAAAUGCAAAAUUAUUGAAAUGCAAAAAAUCUUAAUGGUCUUAAUAACAGUCUUGAAUUUGAGGUGAAAUAUGAGGUUUUGUAAAAUGUACCCAGUUCUUGAUCUCAAAGGCUACGACUGUCCAUCAAACGACACAAAUGUUGUUUUCCGCCAACAUUCCCAUCCUCGGAAACAGGCUGCACAGAUGCUUGAACAGAAUUCACUGUGAACUGGAGUGAAACCGUACAUUCGUUCUGACUCUCAUGCUCGUUUAGACACGUCUUCGGUUUCUCUCGAAGUGUGAAGUCGCUAGCGCGGUUUAGAUUAUAGGUCAGUUAAAGGAAUAGUUCACCCCAAAAACUUACAGUUUGAAGUUUGUAGCUUGUUUCUUCAUCAGAACAGAUUUGGAGAAACGUAACACUUCCAACACUUCAACACGCGGCGAAUGGGUGCCGUCGAAACGCGAGCUAAUCUAAAAACAACGAGCUUUUCAGUUCACAAGAUAUUAACUGAUGGACCGGUGUCGAUUAUUGUGACGUUUUUUUUUUUCAGCAGUUUAGUCAUUCUGACGGCACCCAUUCGCUCCAGAGGAUUCAUAAAGUGACGUAAUGCUGCAUUGCUAGGAAUGUUUCGGCAGGUUUUUAGCCCUGGUCAAACUGCUCCUUUAACGAACGAGAGCUUUUCUACGUACUUGCAGUGACCAUAAAGCCGGUUCUGCGCGGAGAUCACGUUUCAGAAGUCACACAGUGAUUUUUCCAUUGUGUUUCUUUCACGCUGAGCUGAGAUCAGGAACCGUAUUCAAACCUUAUUCUGAUGUAUUCAUACUGUAAGUACGCCGUGCAGUGCAUGCAUAGAGCUUUCAGUGUUAAAGUAUUAUUUUAUUUCACGAAUUGUAAAAACAUCCCAGUGAGUAUUAGAAUUACAGAGAAGAAUAGCACUUGAUUAUUUAUUAUUUAGUUUUCUCAUUGAACAGUAUGAAACUGACUGCGUAUGAUGAUUUAUAAGUUAUUUAUAAAUGUUUUGUUGCCUUUACGAGAGAUUUAAAUCUGAAGCAAUAAAUAGGUCUGUCUUUUUUCUUUUUUUCUUUUUUUUUUAAAGAUGUUUAAUGUACUAUUGCACAGUGAGAGAAGAAAUACGUUGCAUUUUACCUCAACUGACAUUUCUUUUAACUAGUAUUUACUUCGACUUAAACCAAAACGUGGGCAUUGUGCUCGAGCUCUGUACUGAGGCGUAACAUGUUACAUCAUGACCAAAGUUGCAACGCUACAUGGAAUUAAAUUUGUGAGUGAACACAUCAGCCAAAGCCUUCUGCACUUUGAUUUGUCCGUUUAAUGCACGUGUUCCUCUCUCUCGUUUGCACAGGGGACUGUCUGUGGGGAACUAAUGAAAUUCUUUUUGAGCGUGGUGCUGGGAUUUCAAUCGAGCUCAGUAAUCUGCUUUUAAUGUUCGUGGUAGUUUCUCCUGAGGAACUCAGCGGGAGCAAUGCUGUGCAGGGUCUCCUGUUUGAUCAUUAGACCACAGUUAAAGAUUAUAAAUGUGUGUUUUCAGGAAGCGUCUGCAUUUUCCACUGCAUUUAUUUACUUUUCAGGGUCAUGACCUAUAUUGGCCUUUCAAACAGUUCAGGGUAUUGUAUUGCAUACUAGGUAAGCACACUCGGUUUUGGGUUCACUAUAACCAGUGAAAACGCACGUCUUCCAUUAAAAAGCCAUGUGAAAUACAGAAUAAUUAUUCCAUGAUUUGAUUUGUAGGUGGGAGUGAUUAUUCUUGUCACUUAACUUUUUAAAACAUCGCAAUAUGUAUGAUUUUCGUUUUUUUUUUGUUUUUUUUCUUACGUUGCUUUCUUCAAAGGGAAAAAGCUAACGCAGAUGUACUGUACUUCCCACGAACACGGUCGUAUUUAAAGCAAUCUGUAUAUAAUAUUUUGUAUUUCUGUCGAGUUCUGAUGAUGUAAAUGCUAAAUCUAAAUAUUUCUCUAUUAAAACACCUCUUUUGCUCAGUC